AUGGCGCGCCUCCCCUCCUUCCUUGGGGCGCUGCUCCUCUCCGUUUCCUUCUUCACACAACCCCUCCUCGGCGCUUCUACUACGACUACCACAGAGGCAACUACCGAUAAAAAGGUCCAAUACUGCCAAACCGGUCUUACCUCAGGAGCAGCCGAUUUCUGCGUCUCCCUCUCUUCCCUCCCUAACGUGACCACUUCCUCCCACGACACCUUCUUCCACCUAACCGUUACCCGCUGGAACGCCAAUGGAUGGACAGCCAUUGGCACAGGGCAGACGAUGGCGGGAGCGUUGAUGUUUGUCGUCUAUGGCGACCCUGUUAAUGGUACGGAAAAGGAGCCGGUAGUGAGCGUGCGGACAGUGGAAGGACAUCGCCAACCGCAGUUGAUCGAAGAUUUUGCCGCCGUAGCUGGGAAGGGCUUUGAUGUCCAGGUUCUGGCAUCCAGUUGGAAAGAGGCCGGCACCGUGCCCGCCAGUGGUGGAAAGGGUAGAAAAGAGAAAAGACACGAUGACCACGACGAACACGCCAUCAUCCCUGCAGCCGGCACCAAGACCUACAUCGCCGACGUUCUGCUCGCCUGCUACUCCUGCUCUCUGUGGUCAUCCGGUCCCGGAUCAUGGCGAACUUCGAUUUCCGCCAAAGAUUCCUCCCAACCUUUCCUCUGGGCAUGGAACGACCGCCAAGACUUCUCCGGAAACUUCACCCGGGAUGCGCACAUCAAAAUGCAUCGCCACCACGGCUCGGAAACAGGUGGAUACGGCUUUUUCUGGGCAGAUAUGACGCGCUCCGUCCUCUCUCCUUCCACCGACUAUGUGGGAAAGCCAACCACCUCCGACCUUCUCAAGAUCUUAUCCAUCGCCCCCGGCGACAGCGCCAAAAUGCUCGGCACCAGCGAGGAACCAAUGUCCGCGAGCGGCUGGCUGGGCAAACUCACCAGCAACCCGCUCCCCAAGACGCACGCCUUCUUCAUGACCGUUGCCUUCCUCAUCCUCUUCCCUCUCGGCGUCCUCCUUAUUCGUAGCGGUGGCAACGCCUUCCAGAAACAUUGGCUUGUCCAGGCCCUCGCAUCCGUUUUCACCCUCGCUGGCGCUGGUGUAGGUCUGUACAUGACCGGUCGUCGUGUGCCUUCUACUUUCCACCAGUGGCUUGGUCUCGCUAUUACGCUGGCGCUGGUAGUACAGGUGAUUCUGGGAUGGAGGCAUCACAUGGACUUCCUGAGAAUCCGCAGAAGGACGUGGAUUUCCUAUGGACAUAUCUGGCUUGGACGGGGGGCGGUUCUGGCGGGGUGGGUUAAUGUUAUUUUAGGACUGUUGUUAUCAGGACAUAGUAGGAUUGAUGUGUGGGGCAUCGGUAUCUUCGUGGGAAUUGAGGCUGUGGUUGUUUGCUGGUGGGUUUGGAGGGCGGCGCAGAGGAAGGCGAUAGCGGGUGGAAAUGGGCAAGACGGAAAGGGGCAAAUGGAGGAUGGGGAGGGUGAAAGUUAUGGGUUGAUGGCGAGGAACGGAGGUGGAAGUGGAGGAGCGGAUGGGGAGUAUUUCAGGUUGAGUAUGAGUGAGGAUGAUUUGAGUAGUAGCGAGGAUGAGGAGGAGGGGAAGAGGAGGACCGGUGGUCUUGGGAGCGGACGGUAA